UUAAAACAAAGUGUAGGGGCAUAGCUUAUCGAUUAAACACUACUCGGUACCGGCAGAUACCCAAAGCCCAGGGUGCAUCCCUCCAAGUGUUCUGUGAGGGACAGGCUGCUGUCUACAUGAUGUCUCCUCACAGAGGUCACUUGAGUUAUUAAGUUAUUAUUCAUAUCCUUCACCAAUGAUGAAAAAGAGUAUUUAUGCAUUCCGGGCAACUGGAAAUGAUCUCACUGGCUGCUUUUGGGAAGAUUAUGAUCAGGCAGGUGCUCGUGUGCGUUCGUGGGGGGAGGGUGUCACAGGGGGCACUUGAGUGGGUGGGUCACCACUCGGGUGUUUUUUGUUGUUGUUAUUGUUAUUGUUGUUUUCACUGAACUUUGGACUUUGUGGGUCUGUCGUGUCGACUUGACCUGCUGCUGAGGAGGGCGGUGGAAUAAACACCGCGGCGAAAGAGCAAAGGCCAAAUGUGACGGGUAUACAUAGACGAUCCCUUCUUUUAUUUAGUGGCAUGUGCGUGUGUGCGCGCGUGUGUUGGGAAGGAUUUGUUUUAUUCCGAAAAUGCGACACUCAUAGCCUACCUGCAGCUGAAAACAGCGACAGCCCAGAAGAGCCGCAGGCUCUCCGAUGCUAAUGUUGUCGGGGGCUUUGCCUUCUCCCAGCCAUUGCGAGGCAGCAGCUCCGUGUGACAGCCUCGGCGCCGCUCUCCCCCCGGUGCUCUCUCUCUCUCUCUUUCUCUCUCUCUCUCGCCUUUCCGCGUUCUGCAAGGCGCGUCUGAAAACAGCCCACCGCGUCUCUCUCUCUCUCUCCGGCGCCCCGAACGCCCGCGCGCGCCGCCAUGGACGAGACGGACAUCAUGGACCUUACGCAUCAGAAAGCGAGGAAGCGACCGCGUCCAAUCAGUUCCGCGGACGAGUCAGUGCACGCGGCGGCGCACAAACGGCUGCCGAUGCGAGCGGCGGAGUGCCGGGAGCCGUCGCUCAUGUACGCGGGGAGAGGAGAGCCGGUCCACGCGGCGUCUCUCAAGCAAAACGACCACUCGUUGACCUCCUCUCCGAACCAUGUGAUGCCGCCGCAGGAUCAUCGCUCCAGCAUGUCCCGGCCCAUGAUCACUCGAUCACCGGUGUCUCCCUUGAGCAACCAGGGCAUCCCAACCGCCGCGCAGCUCACCAAGUCCAAGCCCGUGCACAUCGAUGUGGGCGGGCACAUGUACACCAGCAGUCUGGCCACCUUGACAAAAUUCCCCGAAUCCCGAAUCGGCCGUCUCUUUGAUGGCACAGAGCCUAUAGUCCUGGACAGCCUGAAGCAGCACUACUUCAUUGACAGGGAUGGACACAUGUUCCGCUACAUUCUCAACUUCCUCAGGACGUCCAAGCUCCUCAUCCCAGACGACUUCAAAGACUACAGCCUGCUGUACGAGGAGGCGCGGUACUUCCAGCUGCAGCCCAUGCUGGCCGAGCUGGAGAGCUGGCGCCAGGACCAGGAGCUGAGCCGCGUGUCGCGCCCCUGCGAGUGCUUGGUGGUGCGCGUGGCGCCCGACCUGGGCGAGAGGAUCACGCUCAGCGGCGACAAGGCCCUGAUCGAAGACGUGUUCCCGGAGAUCGGCGACGUCAUGUGCAACUCUGUCAACGCCGGCUGGAACCACGACUCCACGCACGUCAUCCGCUUCCCACUCAACGGGUACUGCCACCUCAACUCUGUCCAGGUUCUCGAGCGCCUCCAGCAACGCGGCUUCGAGAUAGUCGGCUCCUGCGGCGGAGGCGUGGACUCGUCCCAAUUCAGCGAGUACGUCCUGAGGAGGGAGCUGAGGAGGACGAGUCAGCGAGGCUCCAAUUCAAACAGGAUAAAGCAGGAGCAGCUGGACUAGAAGCCUCCCGGGCAGCAGGAGGCGCUAGACUUUUUCCCCGUGGCGGCCGAGAGCUCGACGCUGCGGAGCUCUGUGGACUCUGUUCUUUCUUCGUUUCCUUGUUGAUGUUUUUUGUUUUCUUAAACUUGAGAACCAUCGAGAGAAUAAAAAAUAACUAAAUGAGGUGCAACAGGAGAUUUCUUUGCCAUAAGAAGAUACAAGACAUUUGAUAAGUUUGAGAUUGCAAGGUCAUUUAUGAAUGUCGAGCCCCCAUAAACCAAUUAAUAAAGGAUUUAUAUAUAUAUACGCUGGAUCCCCAAACAAAGUUUGUUUUAAAACUUGGAGCCUACAUUAGGUUGAAUAUGAUUUCUAUUAUCGCCAUUUAAAUUUAAAAAAGGCGUUUAUUGCUCACGUAGUAUCUUGCAUUUGAUUUUGAUGUCUCACUGGCUCAGUCUGUUUUUACCCCUCGCUGUAAAAAGGUCACUAAUGUGUUGCUUACAGUACAGAAGUCUCAGUUGUCAUACACAGUUAGUUUUAAACAAAUCAUCUUUUUUCACAAUUAACAUGAUGUUGAAUAUUGUGAUACCAAUGAAGUGUUUUCCUUGUUUGUUUGUUUUUACUUUAAUGAAAGUUAUUUAAUUGGAUUAUGCCAUGAAAUAGUUGAAAUUAGCAUCGUCAAAAUUAAAACGUGCCGGACCAUUCUGUACGCAGUAAAGAAAAUACUUUAGUAAAUUAUAAGUUCGCACCAUUUGCCUAGUAUGAGCCACUCGCCCCCAUGUGCUACCUUUGGGAUUAUUGAAUUGGAUCAUAAUAUUCAUAAUAGUCAUGACCUGUACAUUUUAUCAUUGUGUAUGUGUUAGUGUUUUUUACAUUGAAUCUUUUAAAAGCACAUUUGUUCCCCUCAGACGUUACUCAACAGAUUAUUGUACCACCCACUCCAAGAUCACUUUUACUUGUAGCACAUAUUGAUAUGAAGUUGGAUAUAUAAAGUAUUUCUAACAUGACUGACCAACCUACGCCCCCUAGAUUUGAAUAAAGAGGAAUGUAGAAAAGAACAAAAGUGAAAUAAAUCUCAACUAAAGUUG